AUGGCGAGCUAUGAGAAGCAGUACGGGGCAACACCGACCGACGAGUACGGGAACCCGAUCCGCCGGACCGACGAGUACGGGAACCCGGUGGGGCCCCGAGUGGACGAGUACGGGAACCCACUUGGUCAUCACACUACUACGACUGGAACCACCGCGGCCACCACUGGCGCAGGAGGGUACAACCCUCAUGACUUCGCCGCCACCACGGCAGCUGGCCAGGGCCCAGGAGUGCAUGGUCACGACUAUGACAGGAAAAAACAUCACGGCGUCACUGGCGCCGUGCUCCACCGCUCUGGUAGCUCGAGCUCUAGCUCUUCUGAGGAUGAUGGGCUAGGGGGGAGGAGGAAGAAGAAGGGGUUGAAGGAGAAGAUAAAGGAGAAGCUGCCGGGUGGAACCAAAACCGAUACAACAUAUGGUGGAACUGGGACCACCGGGCAGCACUACCAGGAGAAGGGGACGAUGGACAAGAUCAAGGAGAAGCUGCCUGGGACUGGGGGGCAUAGGGCAGAUGACCCCUACCCAUCCCAGACUCAUACAACUGCCACCACCACACCUUAUGGUGGAACCGCCUACACCGAAGAGCACCAAGAGAAGAAGGGGAUCAUGGACAAAAUCAAGGAGAAACUUCCCGGACAACACUAG